CAGCUUCAUCUCAUGUAAGCCCUAAGCACUAUUACUCUUUCCAUAAACUGACCCCACUUUACUUUCAUUACCUUCCUAUAAAUUCAACCCAUUUCUAACACAACAUUCCUCAAUUAAUUCUCCUAUCAUAUCAAACUCUUACCAUAUUAAUUUUCAAACAAAAACUUAAAGUCUAAUAAUAUCUUCAAAAUCAUGGUUCCCAAUGAAAUGAGAGGAGUUCAUAAUUUAACUCCUGAAAAUUCAUUUCAAAUUCAACCAAACUAUCUCUUACCACAACAAAGUGACAUCCCAAAUUUUCAUCUAAAUAGUCUCUUAACCAACUUACCAAAUUUCCAUUUCCCAUCAGCAGGCCUUGAAUUUACUCCUCCAUCAUGUCUAAGCAGCAACUCAACAACUUCCGACGAAGCGGACGAGCUUCAAUUCAACGUCGUCCUCGACGAAAGGAGGCACCGACGAAUGAUAUCGAACAGAGAAUCAGCUAGAAGAUCAAGGAUGAGGAAACAGAAACACUUGGAUGAACUCUGGUCACAGGUUGUUAGACUAAGAACUGAGAAUCACAACCUUAUUGACAAACUCAACCAUGUUUCUGAGUCACAUGACAGAGUUGUUCAAGAGAAUGCAAAACUCAAGGAAGAAACUUUUGAUCUUCGACAAAUGGUAUCUCACAUGCAAAUUGGUAACUCUUUUGGUUGCAACAUGACAGAUUUUAAUGAGGUUCCAUCUCAACUCAAAGAUGAUUCUGUGCAGAGUUAAUUAAUCAUGUUUCAUGAAUGAGAUGAGACCAUUUUCCAAUUUCCAUUAUAAAGAUAUAUAUAAAUAAUAACUCUUAUGUUCCUUCUACUUUUUCUAUAUGAUCCAUCCAAUGAUUCUACUUGUCCAUGUAUGAGUUUUAGAAGCAUAUUGAUGUUCAUUACUCGGCCUUAUUAUACUAUAUUAUAUAUCAACCUAAUUUAAACUUACGUCCAUUGUACAGAACAAAUAAACAGUUUGCUUUUUUCACA